AUGCCAUCCGAGUCAGCCCCUUGGCUGCGCUGGGUCCUCGGCAUGGGGGAACGACGCAAGCUCGGCGAUGUCGCCAUGGACGUCCUGCUCUUCGCGGGUAUGAUGACUGCUGGCCUCUACGUCGCUAGAAAUUUCUUGAAUCCCAUACUCAGCAACAUCGCCGACCCCGACAAAGAAAAGCACGAGCAAGCUAGACGUCAGGCGAAAGCGCAUUUGGAGCGAAUGAACAAGAAUAAAAGAGAUGGACUUGAUUAUGGCGACGACAGUGACUCCAGGAGAGGAGGACCUCGGCCUGAGGACUUGGUCCUGAAUGAAUACGAAAAUCUAGUCGCACUCGAGAUGGUACCGCCCGAAGAUAUAUCUGUUGGAUUUGAUGAUAUUGGCGGUCUGGACACAAUCAUCGAAGAACUAAAAGAAUCCAUCAUCUAUCCUCUGACGAUGCCACACCUUUACUCCCACGCCGCACCACUACUGUCUGCUCCCUCCGGUGUUCUUCUGUACGGUCCUCCAGGUUGCGGAAAGACUAUGCUUGCAAAGGCUGUUGCCCAUGAAAGUGGUGCUUCUUUCAUCAACCUACAUAUUUCGACUUUGACUGAAAAGUGGUACGGCGACUCGAACAAAAUCGUACGAGCCGUCUUUUCGCUUGCUCGAAAAAUGCAACCCGCAAUUAUCUUUAUCGACGAGAUUGAUGCUGUGCUCGGUACUCGAAGGAGUGGCGAGCACGAGGCCAGUGGCAUGGUCAAGGCUGAGUUCAUGACUCUCUGGGAUGGUCUGACAUCUUCAAACUCAUCAGGAAUGCCUGCUCGCAUCAUGGUGCUAGGCGCAACUAACCGCAUCAACGAUAUCGACGAGGCCAUUCUCCGUAGAAUGCCCAAGAAAUUCCCCGUCACGUUGCCAGGAACUGAGCAGCGACGAAGAAUCCUGCAGCUUGUCCUGCAAGAUACCAAGACGGAUCCUGAGCAUUUCAACCUGGACUACGUUUCAAGAAUCACUGCUGGACUUUCAGGUAGUGACAUUAAAGAGGCAUGCCGAGACGCGGCCAUGGUACCUGUCCGAGAAUACAUGCGUCAGCAUCGCGAGAGCGGGCAGGCCAUGUCAACCGUGGACCCAAGACAGUUCCGUGGGAUCAGGUCUGACGAUUUCCUCGGCCGCGAGGGUGGAAACAUCAAGCUACAACCGAUCAGACAAUCAAGCGGUGUUGAGGAGUUAAUUGCGGAGGAGCAGGAUUAG